AUGAAGUUGGCGAGGAGUCCGCGUCAACAGUCAGCGUCAACAGUCAGCGUCAACACAGUCCGCGUCAACACAGUCCGCGUCAACAGUCAGCGUCAACAGUCAGCGUCAACAGUCAGCGUCAACAGUCAGCGUCAACACAGUCCGCGUCAACAGUCAGCGUCAACAGUCAGCGUCAACAGUCAGCGUCAACAGUCAGCGUCAACACAGUCCGCGUCAACAGUCAGCGUCAACACAGUCCGCGUCAACACAGUCCGCGUCAACACAGUCCGCGUCAACAGUCAGCGUCAACAGUCCGCGUCAACAGUCAGCGUCAACAGUCAGCGUCAACACAGUCCGCGUCAACAGUCAGCGUCAACACAGUCCGCGUCAACACAGUCCGCGUCAACAGUCAGCGUCAACAGUCAGCGUCAACACAGUCCGCGUCAACAGUCAGCGUCAACAGUCAGCGUCAACACAGUCCGCGUCAACAGUCAGCGUCAACAGUCCGCGUCAACAGUCAGCGUCAACAGUCAGCGUCAACACAGUCCGCGUCAACAGUCAGCGUCAACACAGUCAGCGUCAACAGUCCGCGUCAACACAGUCAGCGUCAACAGUCCGCGUCAACAGUCCGCGUCAACAGUCCGCGUCAACAGUCAGCGUCAACACAGUCCGCGUCAACAGAGUCAGCGUCAACAGUCAGCGUCAGCAGUCAGCGUCAACACAGUCCGCGUCAACAGUCAGCGUCAACAGUCAGCGUCAACAGUCAGCGUCAGCAGUCAGCGUCAACACAGUCCGCGUCAACAAAGUCAGCGUCAACAGUCAGCGUCAACAGUCAGCGUCAACACAGUCCGCGUCAACAGUCAGCGUCAACAGUCAGCGUCAACAGUCAGCGUCAACACAGUCAGCGUCAACAGUCAGCGUCAACACAGUCCGCGUCAACAGAGUCAGCGUCAACAGUCAGCGUCAGCAGUCAGCGUCGACACAGUCCGCGUCAACAGUCAGCGUCAACAGUCAGCGUCAACAGUCAGCGUCAACAGUCAGCGUCAGCAGUCAGCGUCAACACAGUCCGCGUCAACAGAGUCAGCGUCAACAGUCAGCGUCAACAGUCAGCGUCAACACAGUCCGCGUCAACAGUCAGCGUCAACAGUCAGCGUCAACAGUCAGCGUCAACACAGUCAGCGUCAACAGUCAGCGUCAACACAGUCCGCGUCAACAGAGUCAGCGUCAACAGUCCGCGUCAACAGUCAGCGUCAACACAGUCCGCGUCAACACAGCGUCAACACAGUCCGCGUCAACAGUCAGCGUCAACAGUCAGCGUCAACAGUCAGCGUCAACACAGUCAGCGUCAACACAGUCAGCGUCAACACAGUCAGCGUCAACACAGUCAGCGUCAACAGUCAGCGUCAACACAGUCCGCGUCAACACAGUCAGCGUCAACAGUCAGCGUCAACACAGUCAGCGACAACACAGUCAGCGUCAACACAGUCAGCGUCAACACAGUCAGCGUCAACACAGUCCGCGUCAACACAGUCAGCGUCAACAGUCAGCGUCAACACAGUCAGCGACAACACAGUCAGCGUCAACACAGUCAGCGUCAACACAGUCCGCGUCAACACAGUCAGCGUCAACACAGCGUCAACACAGUCCGCGUCAACACAGUCAGCGUCAACACAGCGUCAACACAGUCAGCGUCAACACAGUCAGCGUCAACACAGUCCGCGUCAACACAGCGUCAACACAGUCAGCGUCAACACAGUCAGCGUCAACACAGCGUCAACACAGUCAGCGUCAACACAGUCCGCGUCAACACAGUCAGCGUCAACACAGUCAGCGUCAACAGUCAGCGUCAACACAGUCCGCGUCAACACAGUCCCCGUCAACACAGUCCGCGUCAACACAGUCCGCGUCAACACACGUCAACAGUCAGCGUCAACACAGUCAGCGUCAACACAGUCUGCGUCAACACAGUCCGCGUCAACACAGUCAGCGUCAACACAGUCAGCGUCAACACAGUCAGCGUCAACACAGUCCCCGUCAACACAGUCAGCGUCAACACAGUCAGCGUCAACACAGUCAGCGUCAACACAGUCCGCGUCAACACAGUCAGCGACAACACAGUCCGCGUCAACACAGUCAGCGUCAACAGUCAGCGUCAACACAGUCAGCGACAACACAGUCCGCGUCAACACAUCAGCGUCAACAGUCAGCGUCAACACAGUCAGCGACAACACAGUCAGCGUCAACACAGUCAGCGUCAAGACAGUCCGCGUCAACACAGUCAGCGUCAACACAGUCCGCGUCAACACAGUUAGCGUCAACAGUCAGCGUCAACAGUCAGCGACAACACAGUCAGCGUCAACACAGUUAGCGUCAACAGUCAGCGUCAACACAGUCCGCGUCAACAGUCAGCGUCAACAGUCAGCGACAACACAGUCAGCGUCAACACAGUCAGCGUCAACAGUCAGCGUCAACACAGUCCACGUCAACACAGUCAGCGUCAACACAGUCCGCGUCAACACAGUUAGCGUCAACAGUCAGCGUCAACAGUCAGCGACAACACAGUCAGCGUCAACACAGUCCGCGUCAACACAGUCAGCGUCAACACAGUCCGCGUCAACACAGUUAGCGUCAACAGUCAGCGUCAACAGUCAGCGUCAACACAGUCCGCGUCAACACAGUCAGCGUCAACAGUCAGCGUCAACAGUCAGCGUCAACACAGUCAGCGACAACACAGUCUGCGACAACACAGUCUGCGUCAACAGUCAGCGACAACACAGUCAGCGUCAACACAGUCAGCGUCAACAGUCAGCGUCAACAGUCAGCGACAACACAGUCAGCGUCAACACAGUCAGCGUAACACAAGUAAGCUCCAGCUCCUCGUCCCCGCCUCUCUCACUCACCGGUGGCCAACUCUCCCAUCAGGGCCACUAUUGA